CGAGUUCAAACCCCAGUUCCAUCAAAAAAAAAAAAAAAAAGUAAAAAAGUGCCUUUCUAUUCUAAUAAACUUUACCAUCACUUUCACUACGAACCUAGACAGCUGCGCUGACGUCGGGUAACACUGGGAUCAUGUAGAUGCCUCCUUUUCCAUCCCGUGCUCUUGGCGAACGCCCCACUCGGGGCCUGAGCUGCGAUCACACGUGGCUUGCUAAUCCCGCCGUAGGGAUCAGAAGGAGCCUUUACGUUUCCUUCUUUGAUUUUGCAACAAUUCAGCUUGAAGAGGAUCGCAGCUGUGGCGGGCUUCUAGUCUUCGUGUCAUUCCCGCCUUGGGCCUCCAGGCGCCUCAAAGUAAAACUCUAGGCCACUAGAAAUCUGCUAGGCGGAGGGCGAGGGUCUUGCGGGACGUCGCGGUCGGCGGGGUUGGGUCGGGGGAUCCCAAAGGCAGGUGGCAGGGCCGGAUCUGGGGGACCGGCUACCGGCUGGGGUUGGGGGCCUGGGGUGCGCGCGCCUCGCUCCUCCCGGGACCCGGAGCGAACGGGGAAGUCCCGCCCCCUGGGCCCCGCCCCUCGGGCCCCGCCCCCUUCCUGCCCCGGCGACCCCUGGCCGAGGGCGGGGCCGAGGCGCAGAGGGGAAGGCGGGGGCCGAGGCGGACGGGCCAUGCCCUUGUCGCCCCGAGCCGCUCUCCUUCGGGACCUGGUCUUGGGCGUGUUGGGCACCGCCGCCUUCCUGCUGGACCUGGGCGCCGACCUGUGGGCCGCCGGCCAGUACGUGCUCGGUGGGCGCUACCUGUGGGCCGCACUGGUGCUGGCGCUGCUGGGCCUCUCCUCGGUGGCUCUGCAGUUCUUCAGCUGGGUCUGGCUGCGCGCCGACCCCGCCGGCCUGCACGGGCCGCAGCCCCCGGGCCGCUGCCUGGCGCUGCUGCACCUCCUCCAGCUCGGCUACCUGUACAGGUGCCUGCAGGGGAUGUGGCAGGGGCUGUUGGUGUGGCAGCAGGAGGCGCCCUCUGCGUUUGACUUGGCCUACGCCGACUUCCUCUCCCUGGACAUCAGUAUGCUGCGGCUCUUUGAGACCUUCUUGGAGACGACGCCGCAGCUCACGCUGGUGCUGGCCAUCGUGCUGCAGAGUGGCCGGGCCGAAUACUUCCAGUGUGUUGGGAUCUGCACAUCCUUCCUGGGCAUCUCAUGGGCACUGCUGGACUACCACCAGGCCCUGCGCACCUGCCUUCCCUCCAAGCCCCCCCUCGGCCUGGGUUCCUCCGCCAUCUACUUCCUGUGGAACCUGCUGCUGCUGUGGCCCCGAGUCCUGGCUGUGGCCCUGUUCUCAGCCCUCCUCCCCCGCUAUGUGGCACUGCACUUCCUGAGUGUGUGGCUGGUGCUGCUUCUUUGGGUCUGGCUUCAGGGCACAGACUUUAUGCCAGACCCUGGCUCUGAAUGGCUGUACAGGGCAACAGUAGCCAUCAUCCUGUAUUUCUCCUGGUUCAACGUGUCUGAAGGCCAUACCCGAGGCCGGGCCACCAUCCACUUAGUGUUCCUCCUGAGUGACAGUGUUCUGCUGGUGACCACCUGGGUGACUCAUAACACCUGGCUGCCCAGCGGGAUCCCAUUGCAGAUCUGGCUGCCCGUGGGAGGUACCUGCUUCCUCCUGGGUCUGGCUUUGCGCCUCAUCUACUACCGCUGGCUGCACCCUCGCUGCCGCUGGGAGCCUGACCAGGUGGAUGGGGCCCGGAGUCUCCUUCCCCCGGAACGUGGUCAGUUGCCUCAGAACAGGCGUGUGACUCAGUUGGCACGGAACUUUUUCCCCAAGGCUACGGAUGAGGCUGCUUUGCCAGGGAAGGAGGAGGUGAAUGGGGGCCUUUGAGGCUGGGUAAGACCCAGUCACAAGGCACUCACGGUGAACAAGAGGGGAAGAGCUGGGCCAGAGGGCCAGUGGUGCCAACUGUGGACAAUUCACAUUGGGAGGGAAGAUGAGAAUGCCUUUUCUUUUUCUCCCCAGCCACUCUCACUUCUCUGGCCACCUCUAAAGUAAUUGGUGGUGGUGGUGGUGGUGUUCCACCCCCUUGGUUCCCUAUCCCAGGCUCGAAAGCCCGGGGCCUCUGGGGGGCGCUCUCUAGGACUCUUCCUGCCAUGCGCCAUUUGUUCACUUUAUUCAGCAAAUAUUUACUGACAGCACUUUAUGUGCUAGGAGCAUCAUUCUACCUUUGGAACCAGCUGCCACCCUAGCUUCAUCCCCUACCCACUCCUGGGUAGGUUCUCGAAGGCUGGAGGCCAGGGUGCCCAGCUCUGUGUGGCUCCUGCCAGCCCCGCCAAGGUCUUGAUGCAGCUGGCCCAGUGCCUAUGGACCUGUCGUGGUCCCAGCCAUGCACAGCCAGUGGAGUCUUUUGCAUGCUAGCUACUGUAUCUCCUACCUCAGUCUGUGUGAGAUGAAGAGAAUGUGUGUGGACAUGUCACUAAGUGGGGACGUGGUAUUUUGUUUAACAGUAUUAUUAGGUUAUUAAAACUUGUGACUAAAACUAGACUGUGUCAUUAAAUAUUUGCUACCUCCUC